CAUUUAUUAUGUGUGGUUAAUGUGGACAGUAAGUCUCAUGUUAUGAAGCUUGUGUUCCUCUGAGUAUUUUCUAACGGUGGGUUUCUGUGGAGUUGUGUCAGGAAAGGAUGUAGUUCUUCUAGUAUUUCUGACACAACUUAUGGGUCGAUGGUCACUGAUACCCAGAGGAACAACAACAAUGGCAGACUAAUUGAGGGGUUUGUUAUAAUGUGAUCUAUUAUUGUAGAAAAGAGCAAAUGUCUUUAAGUUCAUCAGAUCUGUUAGGUCUCCAUAUUAAAUAGUUCAGAAGAUGCACAAGUUGACCACAAGCGCUCCUCCAAAACCUCAGUGAUUCAGACUGAACGGGUAUUUUCUCCAACACAUACUUCAGAGCAACAUGGGCAAAUUUCUGAAGAGGUUUUAUUUGUUGAUAUUAAUACACCACAUCCUGUUCUUUACUUACAUAGAUAAAUGAGUUAUAUCCAGUCAUAGGUUUGUCUCCAUCUUUGUAUAUUGCAAUUGUCUGUGUCAUGAGAGGAUGAACAUUUCAGGUGUAGUUUUAGUAUUGUUUUUUUUUUUUUGUCUGCCGUUUUCCCUGUAUUAUAGUGGACAGUGGAGAGAGAGACAGGAAAUGUUGGGAGAAGAGUCGAGGGAGGACAUGCAGCAAAUGAGCCACUGGCCGGACUCGAACAGCGACAGCUGCGUUGGGGACUUUCACCUCCUGCAUGGGGGUCAACCGCAAAACCCACCGAGCUACCAGAUGCCUCCUUUAAGAAACAAAGACCCUCCUCCAUAUAACCAUGAGAGAUCAGGUCCCCACGCUGCUUCACCAUGUCCAGCAAACUUGCAAAGUACCAGCAAUGUACGUACAGAAACAGAACCAGAACAAACCAUUGAUGAGAGCAACAAUUUAAGGUCAGAAGAUACCUUCAACAUUGUUCUGCUGGGAGUAACUGGGACUGGAAAGAGUGCAUCUGGAAACACCAUCCUGACUGCUAUGGACCCCCAUCUGGAACCAAAGCAGCUUUUUGCAUCCCGGCCGAGCUCCACACCAGUCACCACUGAGUGUCAGGUCAAAAUGAUGGACAAUCUUUUCGGCAGGAAUGUCAGAGUGGUCGACACCCCAGAUUUCUUGAGUGAUGAAAUAAACGAUCAGGAACAAGUAGAGGAGUGUAAGAAGUUCUGUCAGCCAGGGCACUAUGUGGUGUUACUGGUGAUACAGAUGGGCCGGUUUACAGAAGGUGAGGAGGGAGUGUUAGAGAGACUGGAGAUGAAGCUUGGCUGCAGAAUCAGGAAGAACACAAUCGUCCUGCUGACACAUGGAGAGAAAGCAAAAGGCAAUGUUCAGAGUUUCAUUGAUGAACGGUCUCACCUCAGGUACAUUAUAGGUAAAUGUGGAAAUCGCCGCCAUGUAUUCAAAAACAACUGCAAGGACCCAAAACAAGUCAAGAAGCUCUUCAAGAAAAUUCCAGAUUAUGAAACAAUCUUCCCAGACUUCACAGAAAAACAAUCACUCAUAGACUGCCGUGUGGGUUAACUUGAUUCAGACUGAACGUCCAAAUAACAAACUGCUUCCAGCCUCCGUGUACCAGUCUGCGCAAUGUUUGAAGUACAAGUGUGAUCUGUUGAUGCUGUGAACCUGCAGUUAAGGUGUCGUAUGUGUCAAGAUCUGGUUCUAUGUGCAUACUUAUAUAUUUUAUGUGUUUAUACAUAUAAUGUCCUGAUGGUAAUUCAUUUAAGCUGUUUGAGAGAUUAAAGGAAUCUUUUGAGAUUCAUAACUCAGAUAAUAAGAAGGAUGUUAGUUUCAUCACUGUGUGUUCUGUAUAGAGAAAAGUCCAAAACACAGCUGGGCAGCAGUCCUGCUGUGUUAUUUCAGACAGUUUUGCUGAUCUACUGUACAAAUUUAGAAAAGGUAUGCUGUUUAAUUUCUGCUUUUUCUGUGAUUGAUGUUUACAUAAAACUAAUCAAUGAGCUUAUAAAGAGAAUGCAGUGAAUAAUAAAACUAAACUUAAUGCACAACUCUGUGAA